UCUUCGUGUGCGAAAAAAAGAGUAAAGACGCAGAAAAUUUAAUUCAAUUUCGUUAUUUGUUGUAAAAGUCGAAUUUUCAAACUGUUGUGAUAUAUAUAAAAGAAAAACUUAGUUUAUCAAAUAAUAUAGAAUGGAGGUCACCGAAGCAAAUUUGCAAUUACUGGCUGGAUAUUUGCAACAGACGCUUAGCGCCGAUCCCAAUGUACGCCGGCCGGCCGAAAAACUCUUGGAGUCCACGGAAUUGCAACAGAAUUACGCCGUCCUCUUGCUUAAUCUGAUCGAUAAGGCAGAAAUGGAUAUGACCAUACGUAUAGCGGGAGCCAUUGCCUUUAAGAACUAUGUGAAACGUAAUUGGGCAGCCCAUGAGGAUAGCAAUGAACCCGAUCGCAUACAUGAAAGCGAUAGGAAUACAAUUAAAACAUUAAUAGUCACUCUGAUGCUGCAUUCACCGAUUGCCCUGCAAAAGCAAUUGAGUGACACUGUGAGCAUCAUUGGCAAACAUGAUUUUCCCAAGAAAUGGCCACAAUUGAUCGUUGAAAUGGUUAAUAAAUUUGCUUCGGGUGAUUUUAAUGUUAUCAAUGGAGUACUACAGACAGCUCAUUCGCUAUUCAAGCGUUAUCGCUAUGAAUUUAAAUCACAAGAAUUGUGGGAAGAAAUCAAAUUUGUGCUGGAUCGCAUGUCAAAACCGUUGACGGAUUUGCUACAAGCCACGAUGGAGUUGACAAAAGUACAUGAACAGAAUGCCGAGGCAUUGAAAGUCAUCUAUGGGUCACUGGUUUUGGUGAAUAAAGUAUUUUAUUCACUCAAUGUCCAGGAUUUACCCGAAUUCUUUGAGGACAAUAUGAAUAUAUGGAUGGGUGCAUUUAUACAACAAUUGGCUGCCGAUGUGCCACUGCUCACCUCGAAUGACGAUGAGGAUGCUGGUGUAUUGGAGCAUUUGCGUUCGCAGGUCUGUGAGAAUAUCUGUUUGUAUGCACGCAAAUAUGAUGAGGAAUUUAAGCCAUAUAUGGAACAAUUUGUGACAGCCGUUUGGGAAUUGUUGGUCAAAACCAGUUUGCACACCAAAUACGAUGCACUCGUCUCCAAUGCAUUGCAGUUCCUUUCGGGGGUGGCUGAACGAAAGCAUAAUCAGAGUAUUUUCGAAAAUCCCGAAAUACUGGCACGAAUUUGUGAUAAAGUGGUUAUACCGAAUCUGGACAUACGACCAUCUGAUGAAGAACUCUUCGAGGAUAGCCCCGAUGAGUAUAUAAAACGUGAUAUUGAAGGAUCCGACAUAGAUACCAGACGCCGAGCGGCAUGUGAUCUGGUCAAGACACUGUCAGUUAAUUUCGAACAGAAAAUCUUUGGCAUAUUUGGGCAAUAUUUGGAAAUUUUGUUAAAUAAAUAUAAAGAGAAUCCCGCCGCAAAUUGGAGAUCAAAAGAUACGGCCAUCUAUUUGGUAACCUCAUGGGCAUCUCGUGGUGGCACUCAGAAGCAUGGAAUCACCCAAACAUCAGAGCUGGUGCCACUGCCACAGUUUUGUGCCCAACAAAUUAUACCCGAAUUGGAGAGAUCAAAUGUCAAUGAGUUGCCCGUAUUAAAGGCAGCUGCCAUUAAGUAUGUGAUGGUCUUUCGUACUCUUCUCGGGCCGCAGAUAGUGAACCAAUGUUUGCCACAAUUGAUUAGACAUUUGCCAGCCGAAAGCAUUGUGGUUCAUAGCUAUGCGGCCUGUGCAUUGGAAAGAAUUCUAACAAUGCGGGAUGCAGCUAGCAAUGUUAUGUUUGGACCUCAAAUAUUAUCACAACAUUCCAAUGAAUUGGUCAGUGGCCUAUUCUCUACCCUCUCUUUGUCUGGAUCCAAUGAAAAUGAAUAUGUUAUGAAAGCUAUAAUGCGUUCAUUCCAUUCUCUACAAGGAGCCGCUAUGCCUUAUAUGGGCGUAGCUCUGCCACGACUCACUGAAAUUCUUACCCAGGUGGCCAAGAAUCCCUCAAGACCGAAUUUUAAUCACUAUCUCUUCGAAACUUUGGCUAUAUCGAUCAAAAUUGUAUGCCAAACGGAUGCCUCGGCUGUUAGUUCCUUCGAGGAGGCGCUUUUCCCCGUAUUUCAAGGAAUUCUACAACAGGAUAUCGUUGAAUUUGUGCCCUAUGUAUUUCAAUUACUUUCGGUGUUGUUAGAAGUGCGUGAAACAAGUGGUUCACCCAUACCGGAACCAUAUUGGGCACUAUUUCCCUGCCUUCUAUCACCGGCCUUGUGGGACCGUUCGGGCAAUGUGACGCCAUUAAUACGUCUCUUAUCGGCUUUUAUUAAACGAGGCUCAACACAGAUACAGGCCUCAGGAAAAUUGAAUGGCAUUUUGGGCAUCUUUCAGAAAAUGAUUGCUUCCAAGGCUAAUGAUCAUGAGGGUUUCUAUUUACUGCAAACUCUGAUCUUUCAUUAUCCCACCCCUGAAAUGCAGACAAGUAUGCGUCAAAUUUUUGGUCUAUUAUUCCAACGUUUAUCGCUGGCAAAGACACCGAAAUAUUUGAGUGGAAUCAUUGUAUUCUUCUCAUACUAUAUUGUCAAAUUCGGUGGCAGUGCAUUGGUGCAAUUAAUCGAUGAUAUACAACCUGGAAUGUUUGGCAUGGUGUUGGAGCGUGUUCUAAUCACAGAUUUGAACAAGGUUAUCAAGGCCAUAGAAAGGAAAGCUGUUUCUGUGGGCAUCACAAAACUACUAACCGAAUGCCCAGAAAUGUGUUCACCACACUACAAUCAGUUCUGGCCAAGAUUGUUGCAUGCUUUGAUUGAUGUUUUUGAGCGUCCCGCAGACAAGUUAGCACCCUUCGAAGGUGCUGCUUCUGAUGCUGGCAAUGUUUUCAGUCUGGAAGAUGAAGGCGAGGGAGCUGGAUAUCAAGUGGCAUUUGCUCAACUUAGCCAUGCCCAGCCAACGCGUCAAGAUUAUGUCGCCGAAGUGACCGAUACCAGACAAUUUUUGGCCACUUCACUGGGUAAAUUUUCACAGAGUCGUCCCGGUGAGUUGGCCACACUUUUGGGAUCUCUCCAACCGGACUAUAAGCAAAUGGUGCAGAAAUAUUGUGAUCAAGCAGGAGUACGUAUUGUCUGAGAGCCAAAUCCAAGCCAUACAUUCACACGCACCCACACACACACAGACCUAUACAAAUGCUCUCAUACUACUUCGUUUAAUUCUAUUAUUAUUAUUGUCAAUUUAAAAACUUGUUUAUGUUUAA